CAUCUUUUUCGGCAAUUAUAUAAGUAAUAAUCGUUUAUCAUGCAAUAUGUUUUGUUUGUUAUUUUCUGAGCCACAUUCUUCAGCCAUAUCUUAAAAGUGUUUUUAAAAAAAUUCCACUCACAAAUCGUCAACAAUAACAAGUUAAGUGAAUACGAUGAAGAAACCUCGGAUAAUUAAAAAGUUAUUAAAUACUCAAAAAAAUAAAAUUUCACUGUUGAAUUAACCGGGUUAAAAUAAAGUUGCGAGUAAAAACUUGCGCAUAGACGACAUUAUAAAAAGGGUGUCACGCAGGCGUAUCACACAUUUCAACCCUUGUGAACACGUCCAGGUGAGCAACAGAGUGCUUUAUACCCCCGCCCACGUAUUAUUUUGAGUAUAACCACGUUUGUAAUCAAACAAACGCGACAACUGUCUUUAAGUUUUGGAUAAUGUGUUCGUUAUCCGACAAUGGCUAUUUUUCAGCCGUGAAGUAAUUCUGUGAAAAUAAAGACACCCAACAAUAAUGAUUCUCACUGGAUCAGACCAUUUCUUAUCGGGUUCGGUAGGAGUAACUGCGUUCCUAGGAGCAGUAGCCGGUUUCGUUACUCUUCUCUUAGUACUCUUUUUAUACCUAGCUCGAAAAUGGACUUUUACACCUGUUUCUCAAACAGCUCGUUUUGGUGGAAUUUGUGUACCAUUAAAUGAUACGAAUUGUUCUGAUUUCACGACACCUCCAAUUUCUAAAAAUUUGGAUAAAAUCUUCACGUAUUCUGAUCCUGAAACUAGUUCAGAUUCGGAAGAAGAUGCACUUCGACGAUUACAAAAUUCCCUUUCUCAACAUCCACCAAAUAUUCUUACUAUUCAGACUGAAGAUGGGCCAACAGUUGUUGAUGCAGUUGCUACUUCCAAUAACUGUAGUGAAGAACAUUCACCUGAUCAGCAAGAGUGCGUGGUCGAAGUUGGGUCUCCAAAUAUUUUAAUGGAGACACGAGAGUCCGAAAAAGUAAUAGAAGAAAUUUGUAGUCCAUCAUCAAGUGAAAUCACACCAAUUGGUGGAUUAACUGAAGAAAUAGGAAGUCUUGAAGUAGCAUUUUUGUAUGAUGCACCAAUGCGAGAAAUGACUGUUCAAGUUCUUCAAGGACGAAACUAUCCCGCAGGUAUCGGAGGAAGUCAAGUACGUCUUGUUUUGCUUCCAUCAAAGAAGCAAAGACGUAAGACAAGAGUUCGUCAGGGCACAUCACCUCAGUACAUGGAAAGUUUUCUAUUGCCUCGAGUUAAUCCCGAAGACGUCAAUGCAAUGGGAGUGAGGCUUCGAGUUUACCUUUGGAGUGGUCGAAUGCGUCGAGAACGGCUUUUAGGUGAAGCUAGAGUCUGCUUUGAUCAAAUAAAUCUUCAAUUAGAAACAACGCUUUGUCUGCCUCUACAACCUCCACCUUCUUCACCGGUUCAAGAAUGGGGUACGACUACAAGUUUAACCCGAAGUGAUUCGACAGGGUCUCAACAGUCUGUACAAUCGUAUGCACCUCCAACGAUACCCCCGUACGGCAGUAGUAUGAAAGGUGGAAGUAUAGCUGAAAUUCUUAUUGGUCUCGCUUACAACGGCACUACCGGUCGUCUUUCGGUAGAAAUAAUAAAAGGAUCGCAUUUUCGAGGUGGGGGUGGUAGUGAUACGAAGCCACCAGAUACAUAUGUCAAGCUUACGUUGGUCGACACCAAUAGUCACGAAAUGGGCCGAUCUAAAACUGGACUGAGACGAGCACAACCAAAUCCACUUUACAAAGAAACUUUUAUAUUUCAGGUUGCAUUGUUUCAGCUGGGUGAUGUUACGCUCUUUGUAUCAGUAUAUAAUCGUCGACGUUCCGCGAUGGGUAAAAAAGGACGCGAAAUGAUUGGUUGGCUUUGCCUUGGGUUGAACAGUUCUGGACCUGAAGAGUUGCAGCAUUGGAACGAUAUGCGAACUGCAAGGCAACCAACUCAAGUCCAGCGUUGGCAUUCACUUUUACGUCCAUAAAUUGGCUUAAUAUUUUAAAAUUUAUGGACAAGUUUAUUUAACUGGAAAUUAUUUCCAGAUGUGACGAUUGAUUAUUCGUCUGAAUAAUAGGAUAGUCGUCGAUGUUACCAUGAGAUAUGGAUCAAGUUCUGAAACACUGAGUUUUAGAAUUGAAGAUAACGUUUGUGAGAAAAUAUCUUCGAGAAAAAUUUUUUACUGCCCAAUAAAAUAAUGAAGUUUAUAAGUUAUAAUUGUCGUCAAUCUUUCAAUGAAGAAUAUAUCGUGACGCUUUGUGUCAUCGGCUGUGGGCAGCAUCAUCUUUUUAUCAAUUCGUCAUAAAAUGACGUUAUUGUUUUUUUUUAAAUCGGCAAAGGCAACAAAUAAAUAAUAUUUUAAUUAUAUUAAUAAUAUUAUAAAUUGUAAAAAAAAAGUCACUCGCCAAAUUGAAUUUAAUUCAUAAGAGCACAAAUAUUAUCUUUUUUCUCAUUUUCUAUCCAUUUGUGCCUGAUGCCAAUAACAAUUUUAACUUUUUAAAUUUUACUUUUUGUGCCUUUAAUCCUCUAUAAAAGCUUGUUCAUUGUGAAUUUAAUUCAGCACAAUAUCAGAACAUUAAACCAUGAAGAAUAUUUUAAAAAGUAAUAGUAUGUUACACACCAAGGAGGAAAGUAGGACAUUACAACUCACGUAAUUGCUGCUCGAGCCGAAGGCAAGUGCGGCAAACACGUGGAUUGGAACAUCCUAUUUUUUGUGGUGUGAGAAAAUUUUUCACCAAAUUUUUAUCCGAAAGUUUAAAAAAUUUAAAAUCCGACUCAUUCAAAAAGUGAUCAAUAGAUGGCGCUUUUAUAUGCAAAAUAAAUAAAAUAAUGAUGAAAAAAUGGCAGUUACAUUUUCUUAUGAAUUGUCAGUUUUAAGUUUUUAUUAAUUAUAAUUAAGCCAAAAAGGUUUGGAUAGUGAUUUUCAAAAGAGUUCUUCUGUAUAAGAAUUCAAAUUAAAAAAAAAUGAAGUAGAUCAAUUGGAUGUGUAUUUCUUAAAUUGUGUUUAAUAAUAUCGGUACAUACUGACGAAUUGCUUCGCAAUUGAGUUGUGUAAUUUCAUUGCUUCGAAAUUGAGGUGUGCAAUUUCAUAGCUUCACGAGUGAGUUGUGCAAUUGUAUAGCUUCGCAAUUGAGUUGUGAAAUUUCAUUGUUUCGAAAUUGAGGUGUGCAAUUUCAUAGCUUCACAAGUGAGUUGUGCAAUUGUAUAGCUUUGCAAGUGAGUUGUGCAAUUUUAUUGCUGCGCAAUUGAGGUGUGCAAUUUCAUAGCUUCGCAAGUGAGUUGUGCAAUUGUAUAGCUUUGCGAGUGAGGUGUGCAAUUGUAUAGCUUUGCAAGUGAGUUGCGCAAUUUUAUAGCUUCGCAAUUGAGUUGUGCAAUUUUAUUCCCUGUUUAGAAAAUCUCAUAGAAUCCAAUAGAUUCUCAUAAAUUCCUAUAGAGAUUUUAUAAGAAUGAAUGAGUUCUAUAAGAAGUGCUAUAGUUAAGUAUAGAACCUGAUACAUACAGCUACAAGAAUCUAUCGGAUUUUAGAAGUAGGGUUACUUCAAAAUUUAGUUGUGCAGUUUUAUUGCUUCGCAAUUGAAUUGUGCAAUUUCAUAGCUUCGCAAUUGAAUUAUGAAAUUUUUUCUCUGUUGAAAAUGGCGCAUACGCUAAUUUUUAUUUGUUUUCUCAUAAAAGAACAGACUUUCAGACGUUAAGAGAACGACUUUCUUCUAAACAGAGCAUAAACUUAAACUUUCGGUAAAAAUAUGGUGAAAAAAAGUAUAUAAUUGUUUAAAUAUUUAUUUAAUAAUAUUAAUUUAUCUGAAUUAACUUUCCAAGAGGAAAUUAAAUAAAAAUAAGAAAACAUAUUUUGUAACGUGAAGAAAUGUUACGAUUUAGAAUAACACUCAACGACGCACAAUUCACAUCUUGCACCUCAUAAAUGCAGAUUGUGAUACUAUUUGGCUACAGUAAUAGAGAACAUUUAAUCUUGAUAAAUUAAUAAUUAAUAAUAUAUAGGCAAAGCAGAAUAAUAAUUAUAUAAAUAAUAAUAAUACGAUGUAUUGGAAAACGGUAUGAUAUCACGGCAAUCAAUUGCCAGAAACAAAAAAUAUGAAACCAAUGCUGUGAAAAUUUAAGUAAUUAUAGAAUCAUAAAUAUAAAAAAAAAUAUUUAUUAUUUAUCAAAAUAUAGCAUCAACUAUCAUAUUGUUACUUCAUUCCCUUCGAUAUUUGGUAAAUAAUUAUAAUAAAAAAGUUCGAAACAUUGCCUGAAUAAAAAUCGAAAUAAUCUAUUUAAUAAAAAAAUGUCCUUGCAAACUAGAAACAUUAGCCAAGAAAAAAAAUAAAAACUAGAUUGUCUACAUUUUUACUAAAAAUUAAUGUGAUCAAAUAAUGUAAUUUGUUUACAUGUAAUAUUGCUAAGAAAAAUUUUGAAUAUUAGGAUCGUAAUUAGAUCCAUACUUUGAUUAUGAAUGUAAAAGUGAUGAUCACUUUGUAAUUAAUGCAAUCGCAAAAUUUUUUAAAACCGCAGUUUUGAAUAUUAAUAAUUUAACUAUCGUCUGAUAGAAAUUUUUUUGUCAACCUGUCGUUGCUUAUUAAGUGCGAUGAAGGUAAAAAAAAAUAUAAAAAAUUUGAUAAAUUAAUCUUGUCGAUUGUUGGAUUUUUAAGAAUGUUAAUGGAACAACUGUUGGAUUUUUGUCCACGUUUUUUCAAAAGCACCCUUUUUUUCAAUGUCAUUUCAUUGAAACUUGUCUACUGCACAAAACGAAAAAAGAAACUUACUGUAAUCAAUGUUAUUAUUAAAUAAUUAAUAUAUUACAUUUGUCGCAUUUUAUAAACAAAAAAACUAAAAUAAUAAAAGUGUAUUUCGAUAUUAUGAAAUUAAUAAAUUUACGUAAGUUAAUUGGGUACGGAGAGAAAAUUAUGGUAACCGUUCCUAGUAUCUUUAUAAAAAACUAACCCAUGAUGUUAUGGUACACUGUGAAAAAUUUCCUUCAAAUUUUACUAUGGGUGCAUUGUAACCCCGGACCAUAAGGAAACUGGUACAAAAUUUACAAUUGUCCCAUAGUAAACGGUAUGCGCAGACGACACGAUUGGGACCUAUGCGCAUACGUUUACUAUGGGACACUUGUACAUUUUGUACCAGUUUUCUUAUGGUCCGGGGUUACAAUGCACCCAUAGUAACAUUUAAUGAGAAUUUUCCGCAGUGUAAUAAUUACUGGAAAUUAUGGAGUAUAUGCUUAUAAUUUCUAAAAAAAGAUUCCAUAAUUAUGGGAAUAAUUCCUAUAAUUAUAAUAAUUGUUCCUAUACUACUAUGGAUUGUGGUAAUAACUACCUGUCAUAGUAUAGUAACAAUUACUAUAAAAGUCUCUAUUAACAUAUUUUAUGGUAAUAGUUACCAUAUUUUAUGGUAAUAGUUACCAUAUUUUAUGGUAAUAGUUACCAUACUAUAUAGUACUAUUUACCAUGUAUCUCGGUAACAAUUACCGUAUAUUAUUGUAAAUAUUACCAUAUAUUAUGGUGACUAUUACUAUAUAUUACGGUAACUAUUAUCAUAUUUUAUGGUAAGUUACUAUACUACAUAGUAGUAUUUACCAUCUACCACGGUAACAAUUACCGUAUAUUAUUGUAAAUAUUACCAUAUGUUAUGGUAAUCGUUAUUAUACUAUAUGUAAUAUUUGCUAUUCUAUGUGAUAAUGAUUACCAAACUAUUUAGUAAUAGUUGCCGAGCUAUAUAGUAGUAUUUACCAUAUAUCACAGUAACAAUUACCAUAAAUUAUUGUAAAUAUUACCAUGUAUUAUGAUAAUAGUUAUCAUACGAUAUGGUAAUAGUUACCAUAAAAUAUAGUGACCAUUAGCACAGUAUUAUGCUAAUGAUUCUCAUAAUAUUAUGGAAAUGGUUACCAUAACAUUACGGUAAUCAUUACCAUUAUAAAUUUUUAAGUUAACUAUCACAGUAUAUGGUAACGAUUAUCAUAGUAGCAGUAUGAGAACCAUUACCAUGAAGCAUAUUGACAUAGUAAUUAUUACUAUAAUUUUAUAGGAACUAUUCCGAUAUCGUAUACGAAUGAAACUAAUAUAGAUAGGAAUAGUUUUCAUAACUUGAAUGGUUAUCAUUCCUAUAAACAAUAUGAAAAAACUGUUACCACAAGAUAUGGGAACCAUCCCCAUAAUAUAUUGUAAUUGUUACCAUAAAUUUCUCUUCGUAUAUAAGUUUAUAUUAAAAAUAAUAUUUAUCGAGUAUUGUUUGUCAAUUAAAAUUAUAAUUUAUUAAAUAAAA